CAAACUCAGUGAUGUUUGUUGACGAGCUCAUCAAAUGGUGUUAAAUUAAACAUGUUUUUCUCUGUUUCUGUCCUACAGAGUGAGGGCACACUGUUAGCUACAGGCUCGUACGACGGCUUUGCCAGAAUAUGGACAAAAGAUGGGAAUCUAGCCAGUACUCUGGGUCAACACAAAGGUCCUAUUUUUGCUCUAAAAUGGAAUAAAAAAGGCAAUUUUAUCUUGAGUGCAGGAGUAGACAAGACAACAAUCAUUUGGGACGCUCAUACAGGAGAAGCCAAACAGCAGUUUCCCUUCCAUUCAGCUCCAGCACUCGAUGUGGAUUGGCAGAGCAACAAUACGUUCGCCUCCUGUAGUACAGACAUGUGCAUUCACGUCUGUAAACUGGGACAGGACAGGCCCAUUAAAACAUUCCAGGGACACACAAAUGAAGUCAAUGCAAUCAAGUGGGAUCCCACAGGGAACCUUUUAGCUUCCUGCUCAGAUGACAUGACUUUAAAGAUCUGGAGUAUGAAGCAGGACACAUGCGUUCAUGACCUACAGGCGCACAGCAAAGAAAUCUACACCAUCAAAUGGAGUCCCACUGGCCCAGGAACCAGCAAUCCCAGUGCUAAUCUCAUGCUUGCUAGCGCGUCGUUCGACUCCACGGUUCGUCUUUGGGAUGUGGACCGGGGCAUUUGCAUCCACACCCUGACCAAACACCAGGAGCCCGUGUACAGUGUGGCUUUCAGUCCCGACGGGCGCCACCUGGCCAGCGGCUCCUUUGAUAAAUGUGUGCACAUCUGGAAUACGCAGACGGGGGCUUUAGUUCACAGUUACAGAGGGACUGGGGGGAUCUUCGAAGUGUGCUGGAACGCAGCAGGAGACAAAGUGGGAGCCAGUGCAUCAGACGGAUCUGUGUGUGUAUUAGACCUGCGGAAAUAGCGCGGCCGUUUGUUGAAAGCCAUGGACCGACCAUGAAUGUGUACAUAGCCAAAUGUCUGUCCCUGCCUGCCCUGCCUACUGUUCACGCUUACGUCCCUGCCUACUGACAAACAGGAAGCAGGAAACAGGAACAAGUACCCGACGCAGCAGGUCCAGACACGGGGAUGAACGGAAGGAUGGAGGCGCUCCUCUCUAUCUGUGCAGACUCUCAGAGAGACGCAGAAGAGAUGCAGCCAGACAAGAAAAAAAACAAACAAACAAAAAACAAAAACUUACAGAUCCAUAUAUUUACUGAAGUAUGGAAGCUGUUUUAAACCAUAUUCAUUGUCAGCAAAUGGAAUUCUAUGUUACUCAUCAGUUCUCAUUGUGCAGAUAUAUCUCCAUCUCAACCACAAAAUAGGAUGGCACUUAGUUUUUUUUUCUUUUUUUUCCAGACCUCUUGUUUAAAUGUUUUAUAUUUUUUAUCUUUUGGGAGGAAGUGAGGGCUGGUCAGAUGGAGAAGUAAAUCCAGUCAAAUAAAUUCCAACAGAUACACUCAUCAA